AGGCAGAGCAGCAUUGAGUAUUUUGUCAUAAUGUUACAGUCGUGGUAGUGUGUGGAAGUCAUUGAUAUCGUGCAUUGUUAUAUCAUGUUUAAUUGUACUAGGUAAAUAAUUUAAAAUUGAUUAAAAACUGCGGUUUAGCACGAUCCAUGCAGAACAUUCGUUUCUUCUAAUUCGUACGGGAAAAGACAUGUGAGAUGGCUUUGCGACAGGAGAGCGCGACAGCGCUGGUCGCACCGUUGCUUCCGGAGUCAUAUAGAGAGAGCGCCCGCCCGCCAAUUGCAACAGAAGUGUUCGACGAUGAUGAGUUUGAGGAUGCUACAGAAGAACUACCAGAAUACGUGCCGGAUCUCCAGACAUCUUUCAGGGACUGCGAAAUCGCGAUACAAAAAUUCUUCAACAAUGACCUCAUUGGAGCAAUGAAUAUUAUGAAACCAUGGGACCAGCAUUCAUUGUACCACAGUCUAGGAACAUCAAUUUUUGAAUUCAUUCCUGCCAUGUUGACCUUCGACAAUGCCCAAAUCAACAGAGCCCUGGGGGCAUUAAAAACGUGCAUUUCAAUUUGCAACCAACACCGACGAAACAUGACGUUAGUGGAGAGCUUGGGCAAUAUUAUAAAAAAGCCUAAUUACAGUACCUAUUCGGACAUGGAAGCACAUGCAGAAUUGUGUUACGCAGAAGCGCUACUGCUCCAGGCUGCUUUGACCAUAAUGGAGGGCGAAGACCUGACUGGUCUCAUCAAAGGAACAAUUAAAGUCAAGAAUUGUUAUAACAGUUAUAAGGACUGUGCAAAAAUACUUGAACGAAAGCAAUGGGAGAGCGAAGAUUCGAAAGUGCACUUCCACAGCGGGGUUCGGCUGGGCCUCGCUACGUUCAACUUGAUGAUAUCCCUGCUGCCUCCCAAGAUUAUCAGCGUACUGGAGUUUGUUGGCUUCUCUGGUAAUAAGAGUUUUGGUCUAUCGGAACUGCAAGCCGGCUCCAGGUGCCCAGGUUUGCGUUCGGUGCUAUGCGAUCUUACGCUGCUCGGACACCACCUGGUAAUUUGCCACUUCACUGGCGCUCAAGGGGAUUUGGAAGUCUGUCAGGAGAUUUUGAAUAAGGAGCUCCAGAUAUACCCGGAUGGAGUAUGGUUCCUUGUAUUCAAAGGGCGACUGGAACUACUGCAGGGCAUGUUCCGACAAGCGAUUGUCACCUACAACCGCGCCAUUGAUAGCCAGAAUACGUGGCCGCAAUUCCGUCAUCUCUGUUAUUGGGAGAUCAUGUGGGUGAACGGCCUGAUGAUGCAAUGGCGUGAGGCGGCAAUGUACGCCAACAGGUUGAUCGACGAGAGUUCCUGGUCGCGGACUGUCUACUCGUACACCAUGGGCGCCAUGCUGUUGCAACUCGAGGACAAGAUCCUGCCCUCUGAAAGGCUUCUGUGCAACGACUUAAUGAAGAAAGCAUCGUACUACAAGCAGCGCAUCGCGGGCAAGUCGCUGCCGAUGGAAAAGUUCAUGAUCCGGCGGUGCGCGCGCCACAAGGCACAGGGCGGACGACUGGUCCUGCCGGCCAUCGAGUUGCUCUGCCUCUGGAACAUGUUCCCCAUACUAGCGAAAAACGAGCGAGGCGCUCAAAGUGUACUCAAGUUGAUAGAAUCUGCGCGCGAGCAGAUAGAAAAUGUUCCGCAAGAGUGGAUGGCGGGAUACGAGGCAGAUAACCGCGCGCUGCUGCGCUAUCUGCACGGUUGCUGCCUCGCCGCCAUGGGUCUACCGAGGUUGGCCCUCGACACACUCGAGUCUGUGUGCCAGCUUAAAAACGACAUAAAGGAGGAUACAUUCUUGAUACCGUACAGUGUGGCGGAAAUGGCCAUGUGUCAUUACCAGUUGGGUGACAAAGAACGAACCAUCCAGAUGUUGCAAGACGCUAGGAAAAAAUUCUCCGGUUACUCCCUGGAGUCACGGCUGCAUUUUCGGUUGCAUUCGAAGUUGCAAAUGGUUAAGGAAAACGGUGACAACAGAAAGUCCUCACAGUGAUUGAUGCACUACCCGGUACAUCGAUGUGCUACGCUGUGCUAGUGUCUGUUUGUAUUGACCAACGGCACUAAAGUACCACCUACGCGACAGGCGAGGCACGUGCUGACGUAAGUCUAUAGGGUCUUUGACGUAGUAUGAAUUAGGUUAAGAUCACUUAGUCAAUUUAAACAAAUUUAAAUAUAAAAAAAAUUACAAGCUGUCACGAGCCUUUGGACGCUCUCUAAUAACAUACUGAUAAAACAGUUAUUUAACCCAGCUAUCAUUACAAACAAUAAGAUUAAGAUGACGUACAAAUAGGAUUCCAUC